AUGAGGGACUUCGGGCACCACGACCAUGGCCGGCGUGCGGGAGUCUGCUGCGUCCCAGCCUCCGUCACUGAGGAGCGGCUUGAGGCGGUGGCCUGGGAGGCGGCGGUGGCGGCGGGCUCUUCGAUGCCCAACGCGGUGAAGCUGGAGUACGAGGGCCACCACUUGGCCGGCACGGCGCUGGUGGAGUUCCCACACAAGGAAGCAGCGCAGAUGUUUAAGGAGCACAUCGGCGGCGUGCUGGAAGUCGAUGGUGUUCGACUCGACAUCAGGUACAAGCACGUGCCAAAGGAGCCGAGCCGAAGCCCCAGCCCCGUGCGAGUGGACCGGGACGAGCCCAGUGUGACUCUCAUCAUCAAGGGCAUCCAGCCCUCCACCCGCGAGGAGACGGUGAAAGCGGCCUUCAUGCCGUAUGCAACCAUCAAGGAUGUGCGGCACUUCUCGCGGCGGGGCUUCGCCUUUGUGCAGUUCCACUCGGUGGAGGACGCAGUGAGAGCUUUGAACGGCUUCGAGAAACAUUGCCGUGGCCGCAUUGACGGGGACAGGGUGCAAGCGAACUUCGCCAAAGAGCGAGAGGAGCCUUUCAGCUUCCGAGAGACGCGGCCCUACAUGCUGGCGGAGCGCAGCUUUUUGCACAAGCAGGCCAUUGUCACUGCGGAGGCGAAUGUCCAGAGGGAAGCCGUGGAACUGGCCAGUCCAUUGGAUCAGAGCCUGGGGCCUGGGGAUCUCAAACGGGAGGAGAUGAGGCUUCAUGGCUUCCUGCAAGAGGUCGAGGAGUCGGACUCGGACGAUGGCUGGAGCCCAAAGGUCACGAAGCACGACCGGAACGGCCUGGCGCGGGUGCAGACCGUCGAGGAGCUAGCCAACGAGCCUGCGGAUGUGUUCUUCAAUGUGGACAUGUACGACUCCGUGAUGGUGGCUGCCUUUGGGGGGGUGACCAUGAACCUGGACGGCUCGGAUGAGUUGCAUGUGCACCCGGGAAUUCUGUUUUUGUUCUGCAUACCUUUGGUGAUUCUUCAGUUCUGGCUCACGUUUUGCACGACCUUCGGCAUGCAACCCUUCUGGAAGACGCUGGAUCUCGAUGCAGAGGAAAGCAUGGUCAUCAGCAUGAAGUUGCUCUUGAUUGUGGUGGUUCAGCUGUCCUUCUUCGACAACAUGUUGAUGACGCUUCGUUGCUUCGUGUUUGCCAUCAAUCCCACCUCCUGGACGGAUGUGAAGCGGAUAGACCCAGAUGACCUCAGGACCGGCCGCUCCAGGCUGAAUGUGUUACACUGGUCCCUUUUCCUGGCGCCUUUUGCAGUGCUCGCGCUGCUGGCAAAGGUGCUGAUCCAGUACUGGGUCUCUGUGCAGUCGAUGAGCAUCAUCCUGGCGAGCGACAACGUGAAAGAGGCGGUGUUCGACGCGCUGGCCAUCAGCUUCAUCGUGGAGCUUGAUGUGGCGAUGUGGAAUCUCGUGCGAACGAUUAUGCACCUGGACUGCUUUGAGCACUUCACCUUCCAGCUCUGGCCCCCGGCGCGGAGGCAGCAGGCGGUGCAGGAAAGCUACCUCGCUUGGAUCAUGGAUUUUUCCGUCCUUCACCGCGGCAAAGGCGCCCGGAGGUUAGAGAACUUUAUCGUGUUCGGCGUGCUGUUCAUCGUCUACUUCAGGAUUACCUUGAUGGCCUUCCAGGCGACGGACACUGGUAUCCUUCCCGCGUACCGGGACGUGUGUGCCAUGUGGUCAUGGUACCGGGGCGAGUUCGAGAACUGGCAGGACAGAGUCUGGGGGACCAUCAUCCUCGAUCUCAUUCAAGGCUUUGCCAGCAUGUCCAAAUUUCCCUGGAACAUCGAGAGGGAGAUCGCCAAAAUGGCGGAUCCCGCGCUUGACGGGCACUGCAGUGGUCCGGCCUUCAAGUCUUUGGGCUGGUCCAAGGCGAUUGAGCUGUGCAAGGAGCACCAGAGGGACAUGGUCCUCUUCCUGGUGGCGUUUUCCCUGCUCCUGCUCCUGCCGCAGCUGGUCUACUCCACUGGAGCUCUGCAGAAGGUCAUCAAGAACCUCGACUACAUAGACUACCCCGACUCCGACAUGGAGGAAGAGGGCCAGCAAGCAGAGGGCGCGCUAGAGCAGUCCAUGCUGAAUGCCCGCAAGAUCCAGCACCUGGCCCGGGUGGCGGCGAAGCGCUUCGCGAGCAGCAACAAGCGCCUGGACAGGCUGGAGCAGAUGCUCAGCCUCUCGAAGGCAGCCAAUGGUCCGGCGAACCAUAGCCAGGUCAAUGGCCAGUCGGUGCAUGCAAUGCCCAUGCAGGGGCCGCACGGGCACUCCCACGGGCACUCCCUCCGGGCGGUGCAUGGACCCGCAAGCCCCCAGAAGGACCCACUACUCAGAGCCAGCUCCACUCCGUCUGGCUCUCCAGGGAUGCGGCUCAGCCCACCGGUUCCGGCUGCCUUCGCGUACACUCUGCGGCCUAGCAGGUGA